AGGAAAAACUUUCGCAGACGUCAACGAUUGUGGUGAGCUUCACAAAAAAAGAACCGCAAGUGCCCAAAAUUUCGAAAAAGGGCAUCCUUUCCGGAUUAAGCGACAAAUUUCGGGGUUCAUAGUGGUCACGAGUAAACGAAAGCACCGCAAAAAUGGAGCCUUACGAUGUGAUAGUCAAUCAACCGGUGGUGAUCGACAAUGGAUCUGGGAUGAUAAAGGCAGGUUUUGCGGGGGACCACAUCCCAAAAUGCCGAUUUCCAAAUUACAUGGGUCGACCAAAACACGUACGUGUGAUGGCCGGUGCACUUGAGGGUGACGUGUUUGUGGGACCAAAAGCCGAAGACUACCGCGGUUUGCUUAGCAUUCGCUAUCCUAUGGAGCACGGUAUCGUAACAGAUUGGAACGAUAUGGAAAAGAUUUGGACGUACAUCUACAGCAAAGAUGAACUAUCCACAUUUUCUGAGGAACAUCCGGUUCUACUGACAGAGGCUCCUUUGAAUCCCAGAAAAAAUCGAGAAAAAGCAGCAGAAAUAUUUUUCGAAACGUUUAACGUACCAGCGCUGUUCGUGUCGAUGCAGGCAGUUCUCAGCCUGUAUGCUACCGGACGGGUUACCGGAGUAGUGCUGGAUGCCGGGGAUGGUGUGACGCAUGCCGUUCCAAUUUACGAAGGUUUCGCAAUGCCCCACAGUAUAAUGCGAGUGGAUAUUGCCGGGCGUGACGUUACUCGCUACCUCAAAACUCUUAUCCGAAAGGAAGGAUUUAAUUUUCGCACAACAGCCGAAUUCGAAAUUGUACGAUCUAUCAAGGAGAAGAUUUGUUAUUUACCGACAAUUCCUCAAAAGGAGGAAUCGGUCGAUACCGAGAAGGUCAAAUACACUCUGCCGGACGGCAAUGUGCUGGAGAUCGGACCGGCAAGGUACCGCGCUCCGGAGGUUCUUUUCCGCCCGCAUAUGCUAGGGGAGGAAUGCGAAGGAAUUCACGAAGUACUGAUGUAUUCAAUUCAGAAGUCUGAUAUGGAUCUCCGCAAGAUGUUGUACCAGAACAUCGUGCUCUCCGGCGGAUCCACACUGUUCAAAGGUUUCGGCGAUCGAUUAUUGUCCGAAAUUCGAAAACACGUGGCCAAGGACAUGAAAAUUAGGAUCGCUGCGCCGCAAGAACGUAUCUACUCAACAUGGAUGGGUGGUUCGAUUCUGGCCUCUUUAGACACGUUCAAAAAGAUGUGGGUUUCCAAGCGAGAGUUCGAUGAAGACGGCCAACGUGCAAUUCAUCGGAAAACGUUUUAAAGAUGGCAGCAGAAACAAUUAACCGAAUUACUUUCUUUCCAAACAACACAAAAACUCACUAGACGUACUAGGUUCUGGCAUAAAAGUUUACGCCCAUCAUCGUUUGUUGAGUACGAAAACCUUAAAUCGGCACUUCAGUGUUGAAUGAAACUGAAAGGGGACGAAAAGGUAAGCCUUUCCUGAAUAGGAGUAGGUAUCAACAAAUAUGAAUAGUAGCUAGUAUCCUUUAUUUGCUGUUAAAGAUCUUUAGUAAGGGCAAUGUGAGAUUUGUUAGCUUGCUCUGCAGUAACAGGCAGCAGAUUGACUUGAGCUUUCCACUUGGAUCAAGGAUCCUCUAUAAUUUGGGAUCAGUGUAAACGAAACGAUUAUUUAUUAAACUUCUUAAAACGUUAUUAUGGAGUCUGAAUUGCUUAGAACAUGUAGUGAUUCUAAAAUUGCACAAUGCUUUUCAAGCAAUUUCUAUGUUUCUUACCUGUAUUGCUGUUUUCUUGAACUGUUUAAUUCUAAGAUGCGAAUCAUUCCAUCUGUACUUGUUUGUGCUAUUAUCUCUAGCUCAAAUUUUGUGUUUGUUGUCUACCAGCUGGAAACAGUAAACUUCUCUCAUUUCGAAAUUUAUGCCCUGCGACCAUAAAUUGUCUACAUCAAAAUAAAUCCGAAUCAUUUUUAUGGCGCUAGUUAUAAUUUACUUAUUUAUAUUGAAGAAAAAUUUAAAGAGAUAAUCUAAGCUAAUCUAAUAGAUAUUAUCCCAUAGUUUUUAAAGGUAAUAUUUGCAAAUAACAAAUAUGAGAUAAAGAUAAUAAAUUCAGCUUGCAGAGCGGAAAAGUGUUUCUCCCAAAAUAACAAGAAACGAAUAUAUCAC